UAUCGAUGAUCCUUUCGUGUAAUUCUUGCGAUGCUCAAUCGUCCCACAGUCCGCCUCAAAAUGAUUUUCUACAAUGCAUGUCCCUUCAUUUGCCAAACAAUACUGGAAUUUCCAGUGUUGUUUAUACCCCAAACGACGCUUCGUAUCUAUCGAUUUUACUAUCUUCCGUAAGAAGUCUACGAUUCAGAUCAGCUUCAACUCCCAGACCUCAAGUAAUCGUUACCCCGUUCGAAGAAUCUCAAAUUCAAACAACUAUCCUCUGCGCCAGAGAAAAUGGCAUGCAGAUUCGAAUUCGUAGUGGCGGCCACGACUACGAGGGUCUCUCGUAUACAUCUCAAGUUCCAUUUGUAGUCCUCGAUUUGUUCAAUUUCAGUGAAGUUGCAAUCGACGGUGACCAAAAAACUGCAUGGGUUGGGGCAGGUGCAAUCAUCGGGCAGCUCUACUAUCGAAUCAGCCAGACAAGUAGGACUCUCGCUUUUCCGGCUGGCGCAUGUCCCACCGUCGGAGUUGGCGGUCUCUUUAGUGGUGGAGGGUACGGCCCGAUGCUGAGGAAAUUCGGCCUUGCUGCUGAUAAUAUUAUUGAUGCUCGUAUUAUCGACGUUAAUGGAAGGAUUCUUGACAGAAAAUCGAUGGGAGAGGAUCUUUUUUGGGCCAUUAGAGGUGGCGGUGGCUCUAGCUUCGGUGUUAUAACUGCAUGGAAAUUGAAGUUGGUUACGGUUCCGGAAACCCUAACCAUAUUCUCCGUUGGAAGAACACUGGAGCAGAAUGCAACUCAGCUAGUUCAUAAAUGGCAAUAUAUUGCUCCAAAUCUUGACGAAGAUAUAUUGCUUUCGAUUUCUAUUGGACCGGUGAAUUCGAGUGGAGCUGCUGGUGGCAAAACUAUUCAAGCCAACUUCAAUUCGGUGUAUCUCGGUGGGGUCGACAAACUGCUGCCGUUGCUGGAACAGAGCUUUCCAGAGUUGGGAGUCAGAAGAGAAGAUUGCACUGAGGUGAGUUGGAUCCAAUCGGCACUUUUCUUCGGUGGAUAUUCGAUACAAGUUUCGCCGGAAGUCGUAACAAGCAGAAACCCUGAAAUUAGGAGCACGCUUCCGAUAACAAGGUAUUACUUCAAAGCGAAACUAGACUAUGUGCAGGAACCAAUCUCGAUCAAAGGGUUCGAAGGAAUGUGGAAACUGUUGCUGGAGAGAGAAGCAAAUAUGGGGGAGUUGUUAGUAGUCCCGUACGGUGGAAAAAUGAAGGAAAUAUCGGAAAGUGCGCUGCCAUUCCCACACAGAGCGGGAAAUCUUUACAAGAUUCAACAAUUGGCUUAUUGGGAAGAGAGUGGAGCAGUUGCAUCAGAAAGAUCGAUAAGUUGGUCGAGGAAACUCCAUGAUUACAUGACUCCUUACGUUUCAAAGUCUCCAAGAGCUUCGUAUAUGAAUUAUCGAGACCUCGAUUUGGGAGUAAAUAAUUAUAACGGAGAUGGAAAAACAUCAACAAGUUAUGCGCAGGCUAGCGUUUGGGGGCUCAAGUAUUUCAAGAACAACUUCAAAAGGUUGGUGCAGAUUAAAACAAAGGUCGAUCCAACCAACUUCUUCAGAAACGAGCAGAGUAUUCCGUCCCUAUAUUCCAAGUCGUCGUCGAAGAAUAACUAACUAAAGCAAAAGACGGGGGUAACAAUUAAGAUAACUGUUCGAAAUAUUCUUUCAUUUUCUUCUUAUGUUGAUAAUUAAUUAGUUGCUAUAUAACUUGUGUUUAGAAUCAAUCAAUUAUUCUAAUUUUUUUAUUCUUUGUCAAUUCUGUAUUUUGAAAAUUUAUGUUGUGUUUAAUAACACUUAAAUAUUGCUGGUGAAAGUCACUUAUAUCAAUCUAAUUUGAAUGAUUUGUUACAAAUUCCAUUCUUUCAAUUGCAUGAUUCUCGAUUUAUGAUAUAUUUUAGCCACCACUGUACAUACUCAGGCCUGUGAAGGGGAAACUACAAUCAUUCAGUCAAUUAAUCAAACACAUAGUAAGCUGAAUCACAUGCCUCAAAUUAGGGAACAAUAACAAAAUUUGAAUUCCACAUAAAAUUAUAAUUUGAUUAAAAUUAUUAUUUGCUAGUGAAGGCAAUGUGAUUAUAUAACUAAACAUGCAAUAAAAUAUUAUAUAUAGAGAGGAAAUUAAACCACUUCUAUUAAUUACAGAUA